GUGAAAUUCCAUGAUGCUAGUGAAUAAAAAUAAUAAACGUGAUAGCUUUAGUGUGCCAUGUUUAUAAGUAUCGGUGAUUUUAGGUGAAUAUGCAAAAACGGCUGGCAGAUAUCAUGAAAAUAGUACCGUGUCUGUAGGAAAUUGACUAACGAACGCCAGAAAACCGCAGAUAGUGUUGUAAAAUGAUUUCAAACCAUGUCCUUUUUCUUCUAAACAUUUUGUUAAACAACUGUGUGUUUUCUCAAAACGUUGAACCAACAAUGGUUGCCAGGGGGAUCAACAACAUACCGAUCAAGAGCAUACCUUAUCAGUUUUGGAACUGAAGCUCUUCAGCAUAAUUAAGCAUUUUCAGCAGAAAGGCCAACAUUAUAAAGUAACUUGUAUUUUAUAAUUGCAGUCGGUCUGGCAAACUAAGGUUCCGCGAGUGGUGACAGAGAAACUGAGGUGACUAAAUUGAAUAAAACAGAGAAGUAAAUUCGGUUAUUCGCCAUAUUAGUAUAAUUUGAAUAGCGUACAAGUUAUAUUAUGCCCAAUUAAAUUGAACCAAAACACUAGAGUAAGAAUUUGGACGCCUAAGAUGUUACCUCGUCUCAACCUUUUUCGAGGACACCUCACAACGGUAGAUAACAAGCAAUAACAAUUAUGUCAAUUAUUUCAACGAUUUCUCCAGAAAUACUCUUCGAGAAAGCGAGGGAGCAAACUGCAAUCUACAGUUAUCCAAAAGCACGACAUCUGGAGAUCUUUUUUUGGGAAAAAGGCUAUUAAGUUUUAUUGCUUUGAUACUGCCUUAUUCUUGUGUUUCCGUUUUAUUUAGGGUAUAUAUUCGUAGUCAUACUAACCUUCAGAAGCCGACGGUUAUUUUCCUUACUGUAAUUAUACUAUGUUUACGAUCUGCGAUACCCAUACUUAAUUUUGCAGUAAUAACCAAAAAAAUAUAUUCAACGAAUUUUAGCAUUUUCCAUUUCAGGUUAAAAUGAGCUCAAUUGCAGGAAUGUCGUCAUUAUCAGUUAAAUCGCCAUUCAAACCAUACUGUACUUAACAUUAAAGCUCUCAACCAAGAACGUAUCCUUAGAACAAAACCAACCAACACACAAAGCUUCAGUGAAGAAGUAUAUUAAAUUAACGUGCAUUGAUAAAGCCGAGAAAAACAGUGACUAGGAGGAAGAAAUGAUCAUAAGAAACAGUACGUUCCUAAUUUUCUUUUUGUAAGUCUGUUACCUGCAUCAAAGGAUUUCCUCGUGGAUAUCACAAUUAUGUUACUUUGGUUGGGUAAUAAUCCAUUUCCUGUGUCCACCGUUGAUCUUAUCCUCACAAAAUUAAAAACUUUCUUCAAUGGCUUUACGAACUUGGCCUUGCAAGACGAUUUAAAAGAGAAGCCGUUUGCCACAAAGAACUGUUCCUGUGAUUUCAGUGAUAUUCUGUGAAAUGAUACUUGUUUCACUCGUUUAUCCGAACUCCAUUACCUCGUCACAUCAGUGGACAACACGUUCUCGUUAUGUACAUUUCAACUGAAUCUCCUAUGGAAUUUUGUUUGUAAUUCAGGAGCUUAUCGAGGUGUACUUUAACUAAGAAGAAACACUCUUUGGUGCGUGAUGUCGCUAAAAAAAUUUAAAGAAGGAUGUAUUUGAGAUCGAGAGUUUUUUGCGUCCUAGUGAAUCAUAGGAAAAAUUGCCGAUAGAUUAGUUGAGCGCUUUCUAUUUGUAUUCAGCGGCGUUCAAAGAAGGGAAAACGAGAGAGAGAAGGAAUAAAUUAUUUACGAUAUAAAGAAAAACGAACGAUCGUUACGGGGUUGUACUGAUGUAUAUUCAAAAACAAUAUACCAUUCAUUCAGUUUGAAACAGGAGACUGGAAGAGCCAUAAUUUUAAUCUGUUUGUAUCAAAAGGGGUACUAGCAGUCUUCGUUUACUACAAAGUGGAAGUGGUACGAGAUGCGGUGGAUUGCAAUCUAAUACUUAACAAUUGUUAUUUCUCUUCCUUUUGGUAAUUAGGUUCACAUACUUACAUUUCUAUCCUUGUGUUUCUUCGUUGCUAGUUCAGUCUUCGCAACUUCCUCUUGAUGUCUUUGCUACAUUCCUGUACUUUAAACAGAAGCUCAAAUUGUAGAAUUUUUCGUAAAUAUACACCACACAAUCCUUUCCUUUAAGUAUUGGCGACUUAUCGCCUGUGAAAGUAUGUAAGAAUAUUUAGGACCGUGUACUUGAUCUUCAAAUCGAGAAGAAUUCGAAAUAGUCUCUCGCUAGCAGGUUAAACUCAUGACAAGAAAUCUAACAGCUUUUCAGUGACGCGCGCUUCCUUUAUUUUAAUUCACAAAGAUAAAAAUGAAUGCUUAUUAGCUUUAAUAUUUCAUGGUUGCUUCAGCUUCUUUCUUAGCACACACUUAAUUUUUUUAGGAACUAAACAUUUUAUACAUUAUUUUGGUAUUUUGACAACCAUGUUUCCCUUAUUAAAUUUUCUUAGAUCAUUCUAGUAAGUUAAUUUGUCGAGUAAGAAUACAAGAUAGGUAAAUUAUUUUAAACAUCUUUACAUACAGUCAGCAGGAAUUAUUAGAGUUGGUUUUCUAAAUUGAACACAUUUUGCAGGCCCCUUGGCGUGAAGUCAAUUGAGCGGUAUUCACGUCUUAGCACGGUUUCGGGAAUGGUCUUCAACAAAAAAAGAUGUACCAGCUCUAACUAAUGGAAUAGCAUUUAUUAUGCAAGUUCAGUUUUUACAUUCGAUACACAAGAACAAAACUAAGCCCAGACAAAAUAUUAGACGGUUUAAAACCGCGACAUACUAUUAAACGCCCAUAUAGUCGAUAUUAAAAAAUUGUACAGAUUGAGAUUGAAGCAGGUCAUGACGUAUUCAACUCUAGAUUGACAGAAACAACUCGAAAACAAAAUGUAAAUUAUCAAUAUACCUGCUGGUAUCCAAUCUUGGUUUCAGCGGUUUCCUGAUCCAGUCGAUUCAGAGUUCGUAUGGGUAGGUCGGCCAGGGGGAUCUCAAUAUCUUGUCAGGAAUCUUGCAUGCCAUUGCUUGACAUAUUGCUCGUCCGCACGUGCUGCGCUGACAGCUUAGAAUAGCAGACGCACCGCAGCAUAUAGAAACCCAUUUAAUACUCCUUUUGAAUGACAACGCAAACCAAAAAAUGCAGCGAACAUGUCAGACUUUGUGUCUCCACGACUGAUGAUUACGCAACCAGAAUAAUAACGUCCAGGUACACCUUUGCUAUUCAGAAUGCAGCUUCAAGUUAAUACGUUUUCUUUAUGAAUGCCUCGAAAAAUGCAAGAAGAGAGCGAGAGCUGACAAUUUGCUCCAGGACAUGCCACGUGAUUUGAUUUCCCAAGAUGCAAAGAGAGAAAACGCCCUUGAGCACGCUUUUGACGCUUACUUUAUUUUCCGUCGUUGGCUCAACUGUAAGUUUUAUUUGUACCUGUUAAUCUCUCUUCAAACCAACAUUAUGGGUGACAUAGAUAUUGGAAAGCGAAUUUUUGUCAAGGGAUUUUCCCCAGAAACUACUGAAAACGAGCUGAGAGCUUAUUUUGAAAGAUUCGGCACUGUCAAGGAGAGCAAAGUCGUGCGAGAUCGCAACGGGUUUAGCAAAGGAUAUGCUUUCAUCACAUUCGAAUCACAAGAAAUAGCCGACAAAGUUCGCGACCAAGAUAACCUUGAAUUUGACGGCAAAAGUUUAAACAUUGGUAAAGCAGUCCGUAGAAAGAGCAAGCGAAAUUUUGGAAAAUACUACUAUCAUCGGCAAGACGUGAAUGAGAGCUCAGGCCAUGGCAGCUAUUAUUCAUUUUCGACAUCAGAUGGAAGCAUGUAUUACGCCAUGAAUCAACAACCGCACUUCGUUUUAGUGCCAGCAUAUUCUCCACAGAUGCAUUACCAAUCCCAAAAUCCAUACCCUCAGCCUUCCCAUUCAGCUUCUCAGCCAAUCUACACAACGACAGCAGUGGUGGGGAAUUCUUAUCUGCAGCCUUCGCCUUAUUCGUUUCCCCACGGACAUUCAUGGAACGAAGUUGCAGCGGUUCCAGUGAACGCCGCCGUUGUGCCAAAAGUCCACCACCAAUUUCCUGCAGAAAACCCGACAGAAAUUGCAGUUGCUAGCACACAUGGCCAGGCAGCGCAGAUAGUUAGUCUGGCCAUUCCCGAGGGGAAUUAUGUACCGGAUGUCGGAGCCGUUUCUGGAGUUGGAGAGCUGGUGUUUGAGAGCCCUAAAGGAAAAGCAGAAAAGAAAGUCCAGGCUAUAAAGUUCUUAAAGAAGCAUGAACCAUCAAGUCCAGCCGGAAUGUCAGUUCCUCCAACUGCCACCAUUCACGUUAUCAACGGACAAGUUCCAUCGACCCAGUAAAAUAAUCAGUUAGUUCAUUACCUGUAAGUUGGUAGAUCAAAAAAUAAUUUCUCCUUACUAUGGCAAAAUUAAUUUCACUUUGUACUGAGAACUUCCUCGCAAGGCAAUAUGCGAUGAUUUUAUUUACUCCUGUCACUGGUCACCUGAGAAUCUGAAUGUGCAAUAUGCUGCACAGUGCUGAUCAAUUUCGUGAGAAGACAUUAACUUUUGAUCACUCCUAAAAAUUGAAAGGGUGAAAAUAAUCUGAUUUGGCUGAUCCAAAGAUAAACAGUUCGGCAGUACUCUUGCAUGACCUGUAGCUGUAGAUAGUAAACGUGCUGAUACAUCUUACUUCAACUAUAAAGUAACCGCCAUGAGCUAUUUAUUACUAACUUAAAUUACCAUGCUAGCUAUAAGAUCAAAUAUUCAUGAAUAAACAGCGUGAUUAUCUGUACUGAUUCCUUUUGCUCUUUUACCAAACCAGGUUUCUUGCGAUCUUGAAAUAGCUUUGAAUGUUUUCGUAUCAUUGUGCUGCAGGAGCUAUGAGAUGCCGUAUUUCGCAAAAAAAAUACAAUUUUUUACGUGUUUUUUUUAGCGUCUAGAUAUAUCCAUGCUUAUAUUUUCAAUGGGGUAUUGUUAAAAGACGUGACAUCAACUAUACAUGUUUCAGAUAUGGAGAGUAUAGCUUGUGAUAGGUUUAUCUGAAUUUGAUGAGAGAAAUCCUAAAGUUACAGACAAGACAUAAUGAGACAAAUACUAAGAUAUACACCAGCUGCAGUGGAGAAACAAAAGUAUUUUGAGACUGAUCAGUGAGAUACUAUUUAUUCAGCGCCAGAAGAGUCCUGUGUUAUCUGUGUUUGUAAACAGGCUAAGCCAAUAAGUAGGUGGUUUUUGAACAUUUUUCACUAAUAUACCUAGUGGCGUAAGUCAUCUGUGAACUAUUUACAAAGCUGUUGUUUAAUAAACUAGUCAGUGUACCCCUAUUGAUUCAGUCACUCAGUUUUUUUUUUGGACCUUUAAAGAGGGGAUUACAAAAGAACAAUGGGUUCUUUGACAGUUAUCAGGAAACAGUAUUAAUUUUUUUUUAGUUGAUAGUCUAAAUUGUGUGACAGAGAUGCAAUUUGCCAAUUAAAAUAUUGGGUAGUUUAUAAGAGUUAAAACUUUGACCGCCUUAGGGACUUACUAAGGAUGAUCAAACUCAGCUAAGAUACAUAAAAGAAAUGGGGUGGACUUUCGAAUUUUUUUGCUCAGUUAUUAACAGAUUUCCGCAGAAUAAAAGCACAUGUGUUGGACAAAUGAUUUUAGAGGCAUAGUGUUGCCUCAGAGCAAUUGCUUUCUUGUUUUGAAAUCGUCAUGAUUGAACUUCUGCCAAAAACAAAAAAAAAGUUUAGGGGCAGGGAGUUUAAAGAGAAAAGUUCCAGUUUGAUUUUCUUUUACCCUAUAAAGUGUAAAUCAUGCUAAGUCUGUCCUUUCUAUGAGUACUAUGAGCUAGAACCGGUAACGUCUUCGUUAACUUUGGGAGAAGGAAAAACGUGCGCACGUUCUGGACUGAAAACUAUCAAUCUACUGUCCCUAUCUCGCUCCAGGUUGCGUCAACUCACUCAAAAAAGGCGCGAAAACUAGCCUGCCGGCCGCCAGGACUCGGUAGUGCCGCUGACAAACAAACAAAUGCUUGCCUAAUUUCCCAACAGUUUUUAAUCUAGUUUUGCAUUAUUACGUAGUCCUUUGGAAGCACCAAGACACAUUUGAGGAUAAAGUGGUAAGCAAUGAGCUUUUCAAUGAACACUUUCUUCUUGAGCAGAAUGGAAAGCUUAGAUAGGUUAAAACUUCAACGUGAACUGAAGCAGAUCUUCAAUUGAUUUGAUCUCUGCAUGAGAUUCCUUCUUCGUUACCAAGAGAAUUUCAGCUGUUGUUGUUUUGAAUUUUUAUUGUGCAGCAACGUAAACUGACCGGGAAGUUUGAAGAAGAAUUUUGCGCAUGUAUUUACUGGCGGGAACCACGUGCGCGCAUCGAUCCACAGUCGAGGAGUCAGUUAUACUGCAAAGAACUGAAGGUCGGCAAAAUAAAUAAGCUUAUCGUGAAAUAAAAAGGCGCAUAACCUUUUAAAGUAGAAUCUUUUUUAUACAUAUAUUGAACACGUUUUAUUAAUAAACAUUUAUAUGCUCAUUGUAGGUAAUAUGCCACGAUAAACCAGGUGCAUUUUCAUAAAUUCUGCCGCAUAUAAAGUAAGCUUAACCUGAGUAAGUAAGCUUAAGAACUAAAUAGGGAGUUUUAAUGUUCAUUUUGGUCUCGUAAAACAUCUUCACGAAAAGCAACCUGACCGUGAAACCGAAAGUGAAUACGGUGAACUCUACUGAAUUGUAUAUUUUCUCUUGAUUGUAUUUAUUGGAUCGCAAAACCACGAAUUGUCAGAGACGGGAAGUGGUCGGGGGACUGGAUCCGAGAUUGGAUUAUUUGAGCUUAAUGGCUACGGAAGGAGUCCAAUUAAUUCUAAUUAAUGGCUCCCGGAUUAGAAGCCAAUGAGUAUUUUAUGCUGCAUCAGUUUUUAACCGUCUUAACUUUUUAGUUAUAGAAUACUGACUCAGACAGAGUUGAAGAAAAACUUUCCUCAAGCAUCAAACUAUGAAUCAGGUAUCGUCUACAUGUUUAACUUUUAUUAUGUUGUCAAUUCAUCAACAAAAUCUUUAAAUUUCUCGCUAAAUUACGCUCUUGGCACGAUUUAUUUGACAGCUUUUGACUGAAAU